GUGCUUCCGGUGGCUGCCCAGAGCUUCUGAUCUCCUGCGGCGUGAUGUUGGGCUGCCUCAGGGAAACUGGUGUUUUUGUGAGGCGGUGAGGCCUAAGGUAACCUUUAUCAGAAGGAUGGAGUUGGGAAAAGGAAGACUACUCAGGACUGGGCUGAAUGCGUUGCAUCAAGCAGUGCACCCGAUCCAUGGCCUUGCCUGGACUGAUGGGAAUCAAGUUGUCCUAACUGAUUUACAGCUUCACCAUGGAGAGGUCAAGUUUGGGGACUCCAAAGUCAUUGGACAAUUCGAAUGUGUCUGUGGAUUGUCCUGGGCCCCACCUGUUGCAGCUGGCACAGCUGUUCUGCUCGCUGUCCAGCAUGAGAGGCAUGUCACUGUGUGGCAGCUGUGUCCCAGCCCUAUGGAGACAAACAAAUGGGUGACGUCUCAGACUUCUGAGAUUAGAGGGUCAUUGCCUAUCCUUCCCCAGGGCUGUGUGUGGCACCCAAAAUAUGCUAUUCUGACUGUGUUGACUGCACAGGAUGUCUCCAUUUUCCCUAAUGUGCACUCUGACAAUUCCCAGGUAAGGGCAGACAUCAACACCCAGGGCCGCAUUCACUGUGCAUGUUGGACUCAGGAUGGCCUGAGGCUGGUGGUCGCAAUAGGUAGCAGCCUGCUUUCUUAUAUUUGGGACAGUGCUCAGAAGACUCUUCACAGGUGCUCCUCCUGCCUGGUGUUUGAUGUGGACAGCCACAUCUGCUCCAUCACAGCAAUUGUGGACUCACAGGUUGCUAUAGCCACUGAGCUUCCACUGGAUAAGAUCUGUGGCUUAAAUGCAUCUGAAACGUUUAAUGUCCCACCUAACAGUAAAGACACGACUCUGUACACUUUACCAGUUAUUGGUGAAGUACCCUCUGUGGAUAAAGAGGCAGCUGAUUCUGAAACAAAUUCUGAAAUAUCAGUUUCUUCUUCCUAUUUAGAACCUCUGGAUCUAACUCACAUACGUUUCAAUCAUUGUAAGUCUGAGGAUAAUUCUCUUAUUUGUCUAAGAAAAAAGGACUACUUGACAGGAACUGGCCAAGAUUCUUCACAUUUGGUCCUGGUGACCUUUAAGAAAGCAGUUACCAUGACAAGAAAAGUCACUAUUCCAGGCAUUCUGGUUCCUGAUCUGAUAGCAUUUAAUCUUAAAGCACAGGUAGUGGCAGUGGCUUCCAACACUUGGAAUAUAAUUUUGAUCUACUCUGUCAUUCCAUCUUCAGUGCCAAACAUCCAGCAAAUUCAAUUAGAGAACACUGAAAGACCAAAAGGGAUAUGUUUCUUGACAGACCAACUAUUACUAAUUUUGGUAGGAAAACAAAAACUCACUGAUACAACAUUUAUUCCUUCUUCAAAGUCUGAUCAGUAUGUCCUUAGCUUGACUGUUAGAGAAGUAAUGUUGGAAGAAGAACCUUCAAUAACAUCAAGUGAAAGCCAGACUACCUACUCUACUUUCAGUGCUCUGUUAAAUAAAGGAAAUAGAAAAAAGUUAAUUGAAAGUCUUUCCCCAGAGUUUUGUCACCAGAACAAAGGGCUGUUGCUGGCAGCUAAUGCCAGUAGUCAGAAUGGAAGGCCUGGAAGAACACUUAUUAAAGAAAUCCAGAGUCCUCUGUCUAGUAUCUGUGAUGGCUCCAUAGCCCUAGAUGCUGAGCCUGUUAUCCAGCCAGCAACACUGCCUAGAGACAGCAGCACACCAGACCACACUAGCCCACUGGAGCCUCCUCAUUUGCCUCAAGGAAAGAACUUACAAAGUGAAAAGGAAACUUACGAGCUGUCUAAGGAAGUGGAAAUUUUAUCUAAGAACCUGGUUGAAAUGCAACGGUGUCUUUCUGAACUCAAAAGCUGUCUGCAUAAUGGGAGGAAAUCCUCUUCAGUGUAUCCACUCUCUCAAGAUCUUCCAUAUGUUCACAUCAUUUGCCAGAAACCUUAUUAUCUAGGUCCUGUUGUUGAAAAAAGAGCGGUGCUUCUCUGCAAUGGUAAACUAAGGCUCAGUACAGUUGAGCAGACUUUUGGCCUUUCUCUCAUUGAAAUGCUGCAUGAUUCCCACUGCAUUCUUCUCUCUGCUGACAGUGAGGGCUUUAUCCCAUUAACCUUCACAGCCACACAGGAAAUAAUCAUAAGAGAUUGCAGCCUGUCCAGGUCUGAUGUCUUCACAGACUCUUUUUCUCACAGUCUGGAUUCUGCUUCUUCUCUUAAAGUCUUUACAGGCCUCACUGCCCACAAUUUAGGUAUCUCUGGCUCUUCUAACCAUGUAGAUGGCAUGGCCUGAUAUCUGCAGUGUCCUUGCUGUGUAGCUCUUCAGAUGAGACCAUUACAAACAAGGCCUGCUUGCCACUGUGGACGCUCACCAGUAAGACUUAGGCGAAGCACUUGCCGUGGUCGGCUCUCCUGUUCUCCCCCGUUUUCUCUGGGCUGAGGCUCGAGUCUUUGUUAGAUGGCUCCAAAAGUGGUGUUUAUGUAUUCAUGACUGUGUGGUUUUGACUAAGGGCAGAAUUCCCAGAAUAAAUUAAUAUUAUGGUGC